UUGCUGCUGCUGCUGCCUGUUUGUCCAAACCAAGGACGAGCAGAGCGCGUUUUGGCCGCAGUCGCUCCCUCGUUGCGCGCAGGACAUGGAUCAGGACGCGGCGCGCGUCGCUGCCGUCUUCCGCGGACACGCCGCACUCUCCGGCGCAUAGAAAAGGCGCCCAAAUGAGUCGCCGCCCUCCCGGAUCCUCCGGCGUGCAAUGGCUUAACAGGAGAGACAUGAGUGUCCGCGCCGAGGACAGCAUCCCCUUGUGCCAGAGGGCGCUCCAGAUCGUCACGGAACUUUGUCUCACGGGACACGUAGACCGGGAGAAAUGCUCGGACAUAUUCCCGCUGGAGAGCAACAUACCAGGUAAAGGAUAUGCAGACAUCUCUAUUAGUCUCCUUGCUGUGGUCGUAGGUUUCUGUGGCCUCGCCCUUUUGGUAGUCUCUCUCUUUGUCUUUUGGAAGCUGUGCUGGCCCAUUUGGAGGAGCAAGGCUCUGUCGGCGCACGCCGAGAAUGCCGGCCUCCACGUGGGUUUCCCCGAGGCGCCUCCGCCCAGCUCCCCGCCGAUCUCCAAGUGUAAAGUGGCGGAGGUGGAGAAGAAGUAUCCGCCAGAGGUGACGGCCAACGGGCGCAGCUCUGUCAAGCUUCUGGAGGCGGCCAUGAAGAUCAGCCAGACAUCUCCGGACAUUCCCGCUGAGGUGCAGACAGCCCUGAAGGAGAAGCUCAGCCAGCAAGCCAAAAUCCAGAGGCAGACCACAGAGCCGACCUCUUCCUCCAGGCACAAUUCUUUCCGGCGCCACCUGCCUCGUCAGAUGAAUGUCACCAGCGUCGACUUCAGCAUGGAGACGGUGCCUCUGCGCCAGAGCUCUACAGUGAGCAUCGGAAGAAUAAAACCUGAACUCUACAAACAGAAGUCCGUGGACUCUGAGGGCGAGCCCAAAGAGCCUGUGGAGACCUGCGGAAAGCUGAGCUUCUCGCUGCGUUACGACUAUGAGGAACAGGCACUGGUUGUGAGGAUCCUUAAGGCCUUGGACCUACCCGCCAAGGACUUCACUGGCACCUCUGACCCAUACGUGAAGAUCUACUUGCUGCCGGAGAGGAAGAAGAAGUACCAGACGCGUGUCCACCGCAAGAACCUGAACCCCAUGUUUGACGAGACCUUCUGUUUCCCGGUAGUGUACGAUGAGAUCUGCAACCGCAAGCUGCACUUCAGCGUGUACGACUUCGACCGCUUCACCAGCCACGACAUGAUUGGCGAGGUGGUUGUGGACAACCUCUUUGAACUCUCUGACCUCUCCAGGGAGGCGGUGGUGUGGAAGGAUAUUCAUGCAGCGACUACAGAGAGCGUUGACCUCGGAGAGAUCAUGUACUCGCUGUGCUACCUCCCCACAGCAGGCAGAAUGACCCUGACAGUCAUCAAAUGCAGGAACCUCAAAGCCAUGGACAUCACAGGCUCCUCAGAUCCAUAUGUGAAGGUUCACCUGAUAUGUGACGGACGGAGGUUGAAGAAACGAAAAACAACGACGAAGAAGAGCACACUUAAUCCGGUGUACAACGAGGCGAUCAUCUUCGACAUUCCCCCCGAGAACGUUGAACAAGUCAGUUUGUCCAUCAUGGUGAUGGAUUAUGAUCGGGUCGGACACAAUGAGGUGAUUGGUGUAUGUCGUGCUGGGCCAGAUGCUGAGGGCCUUGGACGAGAUCACUGGAACGAAAUGCUGGCUUAUCCACGGAAGCCCAUCACACACUGGCAUGCUCUGGGAGAGGAAAAUACAGUGGCCUGGAAGAGGAGCAAGCUUUGAGAGUCAAGGUUCGUGUCCGUCACCCAAACCUCCGCUGACUCCCUGAUGAUCACGGAUAGAGUGAUGACAUCACCCCCUCCUCCUCCCUCCCUCCCUCCUGUAAGAAAACAGACAUUUGUUUACAGUUGCUGCAAAGCUGUGUUGCCUAUACGUCUCUUGUGAGCAUGUUAUACGGAAAUGAAUCCAUUCCAAUAUGUUUCUCAUGUUUGUAACAAAAAAAAACAAACAAAAAAAAAAAACACAACAAAAAACAAAGUUGUGUUGAAAUUAUUUUUACUCAUUCAAACUCCAGCUCUUUGAGGGUGGACACAGAGCUGGCUAUGCACAGCACAAACUCUUACUCAGCUCAGUUUCAUACGCGUGUUUUGACAUUAUGUGCCCAAUAUUUAGACCACACGAAGAGCACGCCUCACUGCAAUACAUCCUCAGCGAUUCCCUCCCACCUGGAACCAACCUGUUUUUAACCCCAGAGAUCUUUAGUGAGAUCACGUCUUGUUUUCAGAAUGGCACAAAGUAAAAAGGGCUAUGCUGCUCAGUGCCAUGAAAGCAUUGACUUUCAUAGAAAAACAGUCAUUUAAUCCAGUCUCGAUCCUGAAGAACGCAGGUAAUUGAGCGUCUACAAGGGGCCGGGGUAAAUUUGCCAUAAAAUUCAUCAGUCGCAACUGUCACAAGAUGUACGAACCCGGCCAUUAAGCAGUCACUGUUGCCUGUAGAUAGAAGAGCAGUCAACAGGGAGUGGAAUGUAGCAGAUACAUGUAGCAAACAUGUGAACAUUUGAAAUAACUACACGGUGAAUUUAUUCCCAAAACACAGGCAAGAAUGAAAACAACCUGUUGAUAUUUAUUUUUGUAUAAAGAGUUUUGAGCUACUAACUCAUAAGAUACAUAUGAUUAAACUAAAAUGUUCCAUUUCCAGGUGAAGUCAUGCUGACGAACUACUGCAUUUAGAAAUUAGUUGUAAAAAGCUAAAACAGAUUAUUUUAAAAACUGGUCUCAAUAUGCACACAAUGCAGUAUUCAUACAAAAAGAGAGCCAUCUCAACUCAAACAUACAUUGGCUCACACAUUCAUUCAACUGUGUUUUUCUGCUCUAACGUGAGCUAGAAAUGUUAGCAUAGCUGGCUAACUAGCCACUCACAAAACCAGACUGCAUUUCCAGGGUCAUGAAUUUCAUAAAUUCACAAAAGUCCCCAUGUGAGCCGGACCUGAAACCUGCCGUAGUGUAGUAGUACUUUAAUGUCAGGCACUUUUAGAUUUGGCUAAGUUUACAUUCAAGCGCUCAUGUUCUUGUGCAAUGUGAAAAGUGAAAACAUAUAUUUUAAAACAUUAUGAACAAAGACGCAGGAAAAUGCGGUUAUGUCAUAAAGCGGCGCGAGUGUUAUCUUGCAUUGUUUUCUACGAGUGGUGAUGAAUGUGGUGCUUUAGCGUGCGCAAUAUCAUCAGUAAACAUAGUAUAGCAUAUAGUGCAUCGGUAACACCCCCAUUACAUUGUUUUAAUUUUCAAUUGAGACCAAAAUUAACCUGCCACUCACAACUAUGUCAACCAUUUUGGGGAUGUAGCGUUAACUUACUUAGCUUGUUAGCAAAAAGGGGAAAAUAAGAGGCUUUUGUCAAUGUGGCCGUGUCUGAAAUCACUCGCUACUCGCUAAUUGUGAGUCCACCAUUUUGUAGAGCAGUCCCAAUAAUAUUAUUUGUAGUAUCAAAAAGCAUGUGACACUGAUAUAUGAUAACACAAUUAAUGACUAACAAGGUAAAUGUGUUUUGAUUGCUCUCCGAUUUUUUUUUGCGUUCCCGAAUUUGGGAAAAUUCAGUUAAUUUAUGUGUGUCACAACAAUUACAUGAUGAUGAUUAGCCCAUUAUAGUGAAUGAGUGAGUGAUUAUUGAUAAACUGUGUUCAAUCAGGGACCUGAAGAUUAAAAAAGACACACUAGUAAUCCAUAAAAAAUGGCAAAAAAACUUAAUUGUUUUGAUUGCUCUCCAUGAAAAACGGCAGAGGCUAAAACUCGAAAGACUGGAAA